AUGAGCGCCCUCUUUCGCGCUUCCCCCGACGCCAGCCCCACCGCCCGAGGGGCCGCGCCCGUUCUCGUCGAAUUCGUCGCCAACAAACUGUUUUACACGUCCGUAUCCGCGGCCCCCAAGUCGACCGAGGACAUGCUCUACUUUUCCAUCGACAACCAGCUCAUUUACUGGAACUACUGCCUCGAUUUUGGCCCGCUCAACAUUGGCCACGUCGUACGCUUCCAUGAUAUUGUCCAGGACGCGUUCGCCCAGGCGGGUCGGCUCGGGGCCAACACCCGCGUGUGCCUCUUCUCUAGCACCAACGGCCAGCGCCGCGCCAACGCCGUGUGCUUGCUCGGGUGCUGGGGGGUCCUCUUCAAGGACAUGACGGCGGCGGCGGCGUGGGCGCCGUUCCAAGACCUCCGGUUCCCCCCGUUCCAUGACGCGACGGAUUUUGAGUGCUCGUACGACUUGAACAUCAAAAAUUGUCUCGACGGGCUCGAGAAAGCCAAGGCCAACCGGUACAUCAACACGAGCACGUUCAACGUGGACGAGUACCAGUUUUACGAAAAGGUCGAAAAUGGCGACCUGAGCUGGGUGUCGCCCAAAUUUAUCGCGUUUGCCGGUCCGCACAACAAGUUUUCCAACAAGAAUGGCCAAAUCACGCUCACGCCGGAACACUAUGUGCCGUACUUCAAAAAGAUGAACGUGACGCUCGUCGUGCGCCUCAACGACAAGUGCUACGACCGCAAUCGGUUUGUCACUGCUGGUAUUGACCACCUGGACUUGUACUACCCCGACGGAACGAAUGCCCCCAUGAACAUCCUCAAGCAGUUCAUCGAAGCGUCCGAGCGCACGCCGGGUGCCGUGGCCGUGCACUGUAAGGCCGGGUUGGGUCGCACGGGGACGUGCAUCGGGUGCUACAUGAUGAAGCACGAGCAGUUCACGGCCCGCGAAGUCAUCGGGUGGCUGCGCCUGUGUCGCCCUGGAAGUGUGAUUGGCCCUCAACAGGACUUUAUGGAGGAAGUUCAGGACUUUAUGCGCAGCGCGGCCGACUUGCCGAGCGACGAAACCAAGCACGACGUGGCCCAGAAUUCGCCGUUGAAACACAAGUCCGAAGGCAGCAUCAUGACCAACAUGAAGAAAGGCGCGCUCACGUUGCUCAUGCCCGGGAAAGCAGUGGGCCGACCUGCGCCCAACAAGAAGAUGACGAUCAACCCCCAAGGCGACUACUUGGUGGCUCAAAAACUAUCCAACAGCCCCCCGCAAAGCCCCGUUCGCAGUCCUCCCAAGUCUCCUCUCCGCAUCCGAUAG